GGGGGGCGGUCCCCCAGGAAAGCCCAGCGCGGCGUCGAGGGCCCCGCCACCCGGGCCCCCGCUUCCCUGUUUACUUGUCGGGGCGCCGCCGGGGAUGGACGGGAGCGCGCAGGGGCCCUAGGACCUCCCGAUGGGGCGGCUCGGCUCCGGGCUCACGCUCCCUGUGAGCUGCCUGAUCCUGGUGUGGGCGGCAGGCGCUGGGGGUGUGCAGCUCCGGCAGCAGCCCACCUGCUUCUCCGACUACCUCAGCACCUCCACCUGCGAGUGGAGGAUGGGCGGCCCCACCGACUGCAGCGCCGAGCUCCGCCUGACCUACCAGCUGGUCUUCCUGAACGAGGGAAACCGCACGUGUGUCCCUGCGAACGGAGGGCACGCGGCGUGCCUGUGCGACAUGCUGAUGGAGAACGUGAGCAGCGGGGACAUCUACCAGCUGGGCCUGUGGGCUGGGAAGCAGCAGCUGUGGAGUGGCUCCUUCAUGCCCAGCGAGCAUGUGAAACCCAGGGCCCCCGGAAACCUCACGGUUCACGCCUCGGACUCCCACACGUGGCAGCUGACCUGGAGCAACCCGUACCCUGCCAACCGCAGCCUGCACGCCAAACUCUCCUUCCUGGUCAACAUUUCAAACGAAGACGACCCCACCGAGUUCCUAGUCCGCAAUGUGACCUACAAGGAGCCUACCUUCCGCUUCCCGGCCAGCGCCCUGACGCCCGGGGCCCCCUACAGCGCGCGGGUGCGGGCCUGGGCCCCGAGCUACAACAGCCUGUGGAGCGAGUGGAGCCCCCCUGUCAAGUGGCUUCACGACUACCAGCGGCCCUGGGAGCAGCGCCUCCCCCUGGCCGUGGGCAUCUCCUGCGUCGUCAUCAUGGCCGUCUGCCUGUCCUACUUCAGCAUCCUCAAGAUCAAGAGAGAGUGGUGGGACCGGAUCCCCAGUCCGGCCCGCAGCCCCCUCAUGGCGGUGGUCAUCCGGGAGGCCCAGGUGCCGAUGUGGGGGAAGAGCCCUGGGGGCCAGGAGCCGGCCAAGUGCCCGUACUGGAAGACGUGUCUGACGAAGCUCCUGCCCUGCCUGCUGGAGCCCGGCCUGGAGAGGGGUGACGGUUCCUCCCAGGGGGCCGGGAGCCGGCCUGCCCAGGGCCCCGGACCAGCCUGGCGCCCCGCGGAGGGCAGCAGCGCGGUGCUCUGGCCGGAGAGCAUCAGCGUGGUGACGUGCGUGGAGCUGCUGGAGGCCCCGGUGCAGAGUGAGGAGGAGGAGCAGCAGGAGGAAGACGGAGGGAGCCUCUGCCCCUCGCCCGAGAGCAGCGGGGCCGGCUUCCAGGAGGGCAGGGCGGGCCUCGCGGCCCGAAUGACGGAGCACCUGCUCCUGGACCUCCUCGGGGGCGCGGAGGGGGGCUCCUGCCCGCCAGGCUGGGGGCAGUCCUGCCUCCUCUCGCCCUCGGCAGGUGCCAGUGCUCAGGUGCCUGGGGCUGAGUUGCCAGGUGAGGCGUCUCAGGAGGCCCCCCUUCAGGGUAGGGAGCAGCCUUCCGACCCAGAGCGGCCCCCGGCCACCCGGACGCAGAGCCCCGCCCGCCUGGCUGUCACCGUCAUCGCCGACAGCCCCGCGUACCGCAGCUUCGGCAGCUUGCUGCGCCCGCCCUCGGACCCGCAGCUGGCCGAGGACCAGGGAGACAGGGACCCCAGCGUCCUCCCUGCCCCCCCGCCCUCCGGGCCGGCCGCUGCGCUGCAGCCUGAGCCGGAGACCUGGGAGCAGGGCCUCCGGCAGAGCGUCCUCCGGCUCCGGGCGGCCGCCCCCUCGGCCCCCGGGGGCUCCCGGCAGUUCGCAUCGGCGGUGCGGCAGGGCGGCGCCCGGGGCGGCCAGGCGGGCGGCCCUCCCGGGGAAGCCGGGUACAAGGCCUUCUCCAGCCUGCUGGCCAGCGGGGCCGCGUGCCCAGGGCCUCCUGGGGCUGAGGCCAGCAGCGGGGAGGCGGGCUACAGGCCCUUCCAGGACCUCACUGCUGGCAGCCCUGGGGUCCCUGCCCCUGUCCCCCUGUUCACCUUUGGGCUGGACACGGGGCCACCGCCCGGCCCUCAGAACUCGCCCCCCCUCACUGGCUCCCCGGAGCGCCCCGGUCUGGAGCCAGGGCCGCAGGGAAAGGACAGCCAGAAGCGCCCGCUCGCCCCGGAGCAGGCCGCAGCCCCCCUCGGGGACGACCUGGGCAGCGGCAUCGUCUACUCGGCCCUCACCUGCCACCUGUGCGGCCGCCUGAGGCAGUGCCACGGCCGGGAGGAGCCGGGCCAGGCCCACGGCGAGGCCCCCCGCUGCUGUGGCUGCCGCUGUGGAGAUGGCUCUGAGCGCCUGGGGGGCCCCCUGCCAGGUGGGGUUCUGCUGGAGGCCAGCCUCCCUCCGGCCUCCCUGGCACCCCUGGGUGCCUCGGAGGAGGGCAAGGCCCCCCUGUCCUUCCAGCCUGGCCCCAGCAAUGCUCAGAGCUCAAGCCAGACGCCCCAGAUGGUGGCCAUGCUCUCCACCGGCCCACAGACAUGAGUGCGUCCUAGGUGUGCGCCCUCGUUGCUGUGUGAGCCUCAGCCCUGUCUGCGAACCCCUCUCCCACCCCAUCCCCCACGCUGAGUACAUCCAGGCUGGCGUGGCCGAGAGACUCGGAGAAGCGUGUGAAGUGAGGGUGUCUGACCCGGCUAUGGAGGCCGGACCUGUUCUCACACAGGAGCUCAGCGCGUGCCGCGGGUGGGAAGGCGGGAACCGGGCCCUCAGAGCCGCCUGCAGGGACCGGGGGCUCCGGGCACCUUGGCUUGUGAGCGAGCUGUCAGCCACCUGAUCGGUCCACGCUUCGCCAGCGCACUGCCCCUGCCACGCCGCCCACGGUCUGUCUGUCCCCCGCUCACUCGGUUGCCCACGUCUUGCCCGGCUCCGGACGCUGAGCCUAGACACUAACCGAGCAAUGGGGAGCGCCGGAGGCUUUGGGGCUGAUGGGAGCCCGGGCCUGGAGCGCGGUGAUGAGCCCAGCGGUGCCACCAUUCAGCGGCUCCGGUAGGCCGGCGCGGAGCAGGAGCGGGCAGGGGAGGGCGCUCAGUCAAGCAGGGGAAACGGAAGCUCUGAAAAACGGCGGUUACCGCGCAGUGACGGUUUGUGGGGUCCGGGAAUAAACACACCCAGCUGCCUUGGGGCCGGUCGGUGCCCUGCAGACACCGUGGCUGCAGCCACAGACCAGAGGGAGAGCUCCGCCCUGAGAGCCGGCUGAGCUGGGCGUCCAGACGCCCACACCAGGCACGUUUCACCUGCCCGCCGGCCCGGACCUCCCGCUGAGUGUGUGUGUGUGUGUGCGCGCGCGUGUGUG